UUUUGCUAUAAUAUACUGAUCCGAAUAUUCAACAUGAAAAGGAACAAUCCGUUUAUUAGAAGUGAAGCAAAGGGUAGAACAUCAGGAUCCUUGGCCUUGGAAUCAUCAUCCAGUUUUGAAGAGGGUGAUUUCGUAAAUUAUGACGAUUUUAUUUCGAGCAGCAAGGAUACUACCGCAACAAAAACCACAGAAUUUUUCUUUCAACAACAUUCCAUUGUUAAACACACGACAGACGAUUAUCAGCAGAAACAGUUUGGAGGUAAUGUACUCUUCCAUAAAACCACGCAUAUCCAAAUUGACGAACCAGAGAAAGAGCUUCCCCGGGAUCCUUCGGUAUUGGUAACAGGGUUUGGUAUGAGAAAUGUUAAGUCAUUUCAGAAACUUAUGGACAUGUCUAAGGAGGAACGGAAAAAAUGGGAGCUGAGAAAAUUAUGGAGAGAUGAAAUGGGACAAAAGGCAAGAGAAUUAUUAUUUGAAAAACAGGAAGAGAAAAUAAGUGCUGGACAUAUUACUAGCGAUGUUUCAACAGCUAGUGGACCUGGGUCAAUUAAAUCGAGUGUAGACUUUUUGAGCCAAACAGAAUCCGUGAAAAGCGAUGUUGAUCAUAAGAAAACUUUGGACUAUCUCUUAGGUUUGGAAACAGAAGCUGAAGAAGAACCAAAGCCAUUUUCAAAAGUAAAACCGUUUGAAGAAGAAGAGGAUACAUUUAAGUAUUCUUCUUCAAAAUCUGUAAGAGAAGCUCAGAGCUAUCUUAGAAGCCACCGAAUAUUUGAAUGCUUUCAAUUUAUCAUAGCUCACUUGUUGUCUGCAAACCCAGAAAAUCCUAUAGAAUUCAUCCUCAAUUUGAUUAAUAGAUGCCUUUUAUAUCGGUCCGGAUUAGGUGAACCGCCACUUUUAUACAACCGUAAACACAUCACGCAACUUUUUAAUAUUAUGGACAGACUGCAAAGCGGCUUUAUUGAUAAAGAUCAAUAUGUCAGUGGAAUGAAGACUAUCGGAGUUUGUUCCUAUAAUGAAAAUCCAGAGACAAAUGAUGAUGGUGAAAUUUUGUUAGACACUUUUGUAGAAGAAGCUUAUGAAGCUGAAGUGGCGAUUUUUGAUGAUAUGAUUAAACGAAGACCGGGAAAGGCUAAAAAGGGUGCUAGGAAGCUUCCUCAAGAAACAUUUGAUACUGUAUCUAUUCCUAGCGCGAAAACGCCUUAUUUUGUACCUUCAGAUUUGUUUAAAAGUAGUAAAACUGAUUUUGUUGAUCAGUUAAAUGAUGAACAGUGAAU